AAGUUAUUGUCAAUACUAAUGCCUGUGCUAAAUAAAUACGCCGUACUUGCAAACGAAAAUCAUGAAACUGAAAAUUCCGACGAAAUUCUCAUUGAUAUCGACUCGGACACCGAAACCGAACUAAAAGUCAAACCUCCUCCACCCAUCUUCAUAAGUGGAAUUUUGGAUUUUUCUGCAUUUCGUUCACGUUUAAUAGAAUUAAUCGGUGCUGACAGUUUCUUUGUUAAAUCAAAUGUCAACAACUUAAAAAUUCAAACCAACAACGCCGACUCAUACAGAGCAACCAUCCAUUUUCUAAAAGAGAGUAAGGCCGAAUAUCACACAUAUCAAGCUCAAGAUGAAAAACCUUUCCGAGUAGUAAUUCGAAACAUCCACCCAUCAACUCCAUUAGCGGAAAUGGCAUAG